AUGGCUCGCCGACUAAGACCUUAUUUCCAAAGUUUUCCAGUAAGGGUGCAAACGGAUUUACCUUUGAGACAGGUUCUGCAAAAUCCUGAUUUGUCAAGAAGAUUGGUCGCGUGGUCUGUGGAGCUGUCAGAAUACGGGUUGCAGUACGACAAGCGCGGGACUAUGAGCGCUCAGUCACUGGUAGAUUUUGUUGUGGAAUUAACUCAUGAUUCCGGUGAAAGGGUGAGUACUCAAUGGAACCUGUUCGUUGACGGCUCCUCCAACAACAACGGUAGUGGCGCAGGAGUUACGUUUGAAGGACUAGGGGAGUUGGCCUUGGAACAAUCUUUGAAGUUUGAAUUUCAUGCUACAAACAAUCAGGCGGAGUAUGAGGCUUUGAUCGCCGGGCUCAAGUUGGCGAUUGAAGUUAAAAUUGAGAGUUUUCUUAUUAGGACCGACUCACAGUUGGUGGCGAGUCAAGUAAUGGGGGCUUUCCAGUCACAUAGGAGGAAGGUGUUUGGCAUGCAAGGUGUUGAGAGCAGGAUUUUACUGGCCAACGCUAAUGAAGGAUUGCAUGGAAUUUGCACGGAGGUGCAACAGGUGUCAGGUAUUCGCCGAUUUGAUAAAGGCCCCGCCGGAACAGUUGUCAACUAUAAGCGCUCCUUGGCCGUUCGCCAUGUGGGGGGUGGAUUUGGUCAGACCUUUUCCAGUCGCUAG